CACUUUAUGUGAUGUUGCAAAGAUAGCACUGAAAGAUGUGGUUUACUAAUACACAGAUUCAUAUGGCACACCGUGUUGCGAGAGCGUCUAGCUGCUCAAUGCCCCAGCUCCUAGAAACAGCAGCGGCUAAUCAUCGAUUGCCCUUGGUGAGAUUCCCCCAUGUCAGGUACCUUCAACUGUCAUGACUGUAUCUCGACGUCCUGUUUCCUACAGCAUGAAGGAGACAAAGCACUCACUAGGCUAUAAUCGCGGGAUUCCAAUCUACUAAGCGCUGCUCAUGCUUUAGCGCAUUUCCUAUUAGACGUUGGCCAACAAGGUGCACCCAACUCCACUCGUGCGUCGAAGAAAACGUUUCCCCUCGCGCACAUUGUUGCACGUCAACCGUUGAAGAGUGAUUUCGAGUCUCGACAUAUAGUACCAGGUGUACAUGCCAAUUACUUUCAUUUCUAUACUACAUAAGCUAUAUUUUUCGCUUUUUAACUUAGCAACAUGACAGAGUCCAAGAACGUCAUUGUUGUUGGCGCUGGCAUCUUCGGCCUUUCUCUGGCAGUUGCGCUGCGUAAAAAGGGCCACAGUAUCACGGUCUUCGAUAAGCAAGUGUAUCACGAGACUGGCUACCAACCACCAGAGAACGACGAAUUCCAAGCGGCUUCAGUCGAUCAUAACAAAAUUUUCCGCGCCUCGUAUGGGUCAAAGCUACACUACCAACGACUUGCAUAUGAAAGCCGUGAUGAAUGGUUGCGGAUUAACAAGGAUGCUGGUUCUGAUCUCUUCGUCGACUCUGGUAUGCUGAGAGUUCAGCCAACUAGCGAAUUGGGCGCUCUUGAGAAGGAAACUCUCACUAAUAUGGAGCGCGAUGGUCUGCGCCCCUCGCAGUUCAUCAAGAGCGAUGCCGCUGAUCGCGAGCGAGCAAGGGCCGAAGGUUGGGAGGCUAAAUUGCUAGAGUUCCCCAUUCCUGAUGACCCCGAGCAGAAGACAUUUGAAGCUGUUCUCGAUUCCUCGGCUGGGUUUAUGCGCUGCUCUGCUGCGUGCGAAUAUUACCGCAAGCUUGCAUUGUCCAAGGGCGUAAACUUCAAGUUUGGUCCAAAGGAAGGCGAGUACGAGUCCAUCGUCUCUAUCGAAAGUACCACCUCCCCUGGUAAAAACAGGGCAACGGGCAUCAAAACCAAGGAUGGCUUGACUCAUCCGGCCGAUGUCGUUGUCAUUGCUGCGGGUUCGUACACCACCCAGCUUCUCCCCGAUAUGGCUUACCAUCUUGAAUCAUCUGCUGGCAGCAUUGCCACCUUCAAGAUUGACGAGUCCAAUACCGCUCUUUGGGACAAAUACUCGCCUGAAAAGUUCCCUGUCAUCACUUGGAAAAGUACCCCCCGCAACAAGGCAGGUAAAGACACUGGCAGUGUCUACGUUCUUCCUCGUACUCCUGAAGGAUUGGUCAAAAUUGGAUACCGCGGGAUCAAGUUUACAAACUUCCAGCCGGCCCCUGACGAUGCUUCCUUCAAUCAGGAUGGCAAGUGGUCGGUUCCCCUGUCCCCGAAAGACAGCACCAAGAUUCCUGAGCCGGCUGUUGACGCCAUCCGCCAAUUCGUUUCUAUCUUCCUUCCUGAUUUUACAAACACUGAGUUUUACUCUUCUAAGCUCUGCUGGUACACAGACACACUCGACAAUUCGUUCGUGAUUGAUUGGGUUCCUACCUACGCCGACAACUCUGUUUUUGUUACCACCGGUGGUAGUGGUCAUGGAGCUAAAUUUUUGCCAGUCUUGGGCAAGCAUGCGGCUGACAUCUUCGACAACAAAGAAAACAACACAAGUGCCAUGUAUCCUUUCUGGCGCUGGAGAGAAGAUGCCAACAGAGGCAACGGUCUGUCUGAGGGUCCCAAUGGCCCCCGCAAUUUUGAUAACCUCGAGUAGAGAAUGGUCAAACUCGUUGUAGGUCAAAUUCACCAAGACCGAACAGUUACGAGUUACACGCACCGCCGUACUAUGAUAUUAUUGCGCUUAAAUUAGAAUUGGAGGAUAGAACAUAUAUAUUCAAAUACAUUUAGCAUUAAACCUGUCCAAAUUCUCAAUAUUAAUAAAAUUAAAAUAAAA